GGCGUCAUCAACCUGUUCAAAAUGGCGAGAAUGUUGAGCAGGGAAAUAACAUUUUUAGGUAGACAGUUAGAGGAUCCGCAAAUAUUAGGAGAUUAUUAUCAGCAUCGUGCAGUCCUUACAAAGGUUUUCAACUUAUCGAGCCAAAGUGAAGAUUUGACUGAUUUGCUUCCUAGCAUGGUAAAACUGACAGCACACCCAGAUCUGUGUGUGAAGAAGGCAUGUGGAGAAAUUUUGGCGCAGCACAGCUCAAAAAACAGUGAAAUGGUGCUUUUGGCCAUCAACACACUGGUGCAGGACUGUGCAGAUGGCAACCCUAUGGUGCGAGGCCUGGCCUUGAAGACACUGUCAUCCCUUCAGCAAGAUUCGGUCAUCGAGCACCUGGAACCUGCAGUUAAGGCAGGCCUGUUGGACAAAAGUGCUUAUGUCCGCCGAGCAGCUGUCCUGGCAUGCAUAAAACUUCAUCAGCUGUCUGCCUCUGCUGUGCAAGAUGGAGGUUUUGUCCAUACUUUAUAUGAUAUGAUUCGAGACUCAGAUCCUAUUGUGGUUGUCAACUGCAUUUGUGCACUGGAUGAAAUUCUGAUGGAUGAAGGUGGGGUGGUCAUUAACCAGAAGAUUACCCACUACAUACUUAGCAAAUUGCAGAUGUUUCCAACAUGGAUGCAGAUCAAGAUUCUGGAGAUAUUGAAAAAGUACAAGCCAGAGUCAGAAGAUGAGCUGUUUGAUAUGAUGAAUGUCAUGGACUUUUGCCUUGAACACAAUAGCCCUACUGUGAUGGUAGUGUGUCUCCAGCUUUUCCUUCAUUUCCUUGAAGAUAUGCCUCAUCUUCAGUCUGAGGUCUUCAAGCGUGCUUGUUCCUCCAUCGUUGGUCAUCUGGGCUCUGGUAACACAGAGUUAAUGUACACUCUUGUUGAACUGGUAUCUGCAGCUCCAGAUUCUGUCCACCAUUUCUGUGAUAGCUUUCAGUCAUUUUUUUGUCGUAACAAAGAGCCCGUCUACCUUAAAACCGCAAAAAUCCGUCUUUUGCCACAACUAGUAACUGAAGACAAUGGCCAUGCCAUCAUGGAUGAGUUAGCACUCUAUUGUGUUGAUGCAUCAUCAGAUGUCUCAUUAGAAGCCAUGCUUGCCCUUGGAAGAAUACUUCACACAAAAAAUGUUUUUUCACAAGACUGUCAAACUAAAUUCAUUAGUCUAGUACAGAGUUCCACCCCUCAUGUCUUUUCUAAUUCUGUCAAGGUGCUACAGGAUCUGGAUAUCAAAGACAAAUCAUUUUGGGAGUCAUUAAUCCUAAACAUCUGCCAACACAGUCACCUUAUAUCCAGUGAUGCCAGCAAAGCAGCUCUGUUGUUUUUAGUUGGAGAGCAUGGUAAGAACUUGUCAGAGGCUGUCCUGCUGCUUCGUGAUCAUGUGGAGAAUUUUGAUGAAAUUAAAGACAGAGAUGUGAAGAUUGAACUAUUGUCUGCAACUGUGAAAAUGUUUCUGAACCAUCCUGCUGAGUGUCAAAGUUUUCUUGGACAGCUUUUUGAGAGAGCCACCAUUGACAAGGAUAGAGAGGUGCAGUAUCGUGCAGUAUUUCUCUAUCAAAUGCUAAAAACCAGUAUUACAACUGCAAAAUCUGUUCUGUUUUCUCCAUAGCCUCAAACUGCAACUCACAGUUUUAAAUUAUUCAAUAGAUGUUCUUGAAAGGUUUAUAUUCAGUCUAUAUUGAUUCAGGUGUCUGGUUCAUUGCAAUAGAAGAUAAAGGUAAGGUAAAUCAUAUUGGUCUCUAAGAAACUUAGUUAACUAGUAAUUAAAAAAACGAAUUACUAUUACUGUUAAUACAGUCAAAUCUCGCUACUAUGCCACCCGCCGGGACCGAGCAAAAGUGGCAUAGUAGUGAGGGUUCGUAAAAACGGCUUUAUUUGCUGAAGUUACCCGUCAGUCCAAAGCUCACAAGAAUCGUCGGCUGGCGCAUGUUCUUUCGGUGGAUCUUGUACAUCUCGUUGUCUAGUAAAUCGCACGCUUGCAUCACACCGUGCUUCCCACUUCUCUGUUGUAAGAACUUCCGGAUGGUGCUCCAAGUGCGCUGGGCUUCCUCGAUCGGAACAAUUUCCUCCUCGAUCUCGUCCUCUUCGCUUUCCAUCGGCUCCUCACUGCACAGUAUCUCCUCCGCAAUCUCCUCCAUCGUGAAAGACCCGCCAGUUGUGAGGCACUCGUCUGCUUUGAGAAAGUCAGACAGCUUGAUCUCCUCGUUCUCGUGCACCUUUUCCUCUGCAGGUGGCAUAGUAGCGAGAGUAGGUGGUGGCAUAGUAAAUUUAUUUUGCAUUGAAUUUAUAGUCCGGACCGAGCAAAAGUGGUAUAAUACCGAGAGUGGCAUAGUAGCGAGGUGGCAUAGUAGCAAGAUUUGACUGUAAUUAAAAUCAUAUUAUGACAUUAUGAGCAUAUUUUAUGGUCAAAUAUAGCAUUACACAGUAGACUUGAUCAGAAACACUUAAACUUUCAAGCACACUGAAUGCAAUUGUUCUACAUUAAUUAGUAAAUAUGUACUAAUGUACAUAUUGAAAGCCUGUUUUAUAUAUGUAUUACACAAUGAAAUGCUUUAUAGAAGAAGCAUGCAAUUUAUAUGAUAGUUCCAUCAAAGCUAGUGUCGAUAUUCCAAAAAAUAAGAAAAAUAAUGAAAAGUGGCACCAAAUGGAUUCGGUGUUCACACAAAGUUUCCACCAUUUAGAUUAUCCUUUUGUCUUGCACCAUUUGUCACAGAUCAGAUGGUUAAUUACAUUCUUUACCAGAUAUUCAUGGACUUAAAGUUGCUUCCACAAUUAUGAUAUCGUGGUUAUGGCAAUGCUAUAUGGACUGAACAUUUGGUUUUUUAUGCAAGUGUAACUGCAGGUGUUGUGUCACUUGGAAAUGCUAAAUCAAGGGUUUUUUGGUGUCUUAUAAUCAUAGGCUGAUGUCUUCUGGAGUGUAGUCGAUAAUACCAAAGGAUUCCUUUAGGGUUAAAAGGUGUAUCUACUUGACUCUGGCUAACAGAAAAGUUUCAAUAUUUUCUUUCAUUCUAACGCAUGUGUUUCACAGAAAAUUGAUGCUGCAUUCUUUGAGGUGGCUUGUUCUGUGACCAGGUUGGCAUGCACAUCCACUAGAAUAAUCCCAUUGGCAUUGGAAAUGCAAUUUUGUGGCUUUUCAGUUUUACUUUCUUCUAUUUCUGGUAGGUCCACAUUGAUACUAAGAGACUGAGGCAGCCUCAUUGCAUCUUCCAUAGAGGAAUUUAAAUGGCAAGAAACCAUUGCUUUCAUUCACUGUCUCUCGGCAGGCAGACAGGAUUAGUGAGAGAUAUUUAUGUCAUUCUUGUGGAUGCCUAGACAUUACCUUCUUUAUCAUGGGUUUUAAUAACGCUUCUGGGUAUCAAGUGACAAGAACUAGUGUGGUCAAGAUGUGGGUGUGUUUUGGAGUAGGCUACCAUACCAAAUUGGGUCCUAUCACCACAAAAACCUAGUUUAUUUGUCAGAAAUACAUGUGGACUGAUCCAUGAAGAAUCUAAGCACACACAGAUUAAUGUUGCAUAUGCUCAAAAAGAUAAAGUGAGUUUGGAAAAAUUCUGAAUGUUGUAUUAUCAAUAGAAAUCAAGGCUGUAAACACUGCUUGGUUCGCAGUUAUAGUUCACAAGGAAAUAAAUGCACUUAAGAUGUCACAAAACAUAAUGUAGAAUGUCUGAAAUAUAUACAGAAAGAUACUAACAAUACAUGGUUAGGUUUCCUCUAUAAAGCUCCCAUUGUCAUGUACAUAGUAUUUUUGGUAUGGUACAGCUUUGCUUAUACAGUCGGACCUCGGUAAGUCGACCUUCCCUAAGUCGAAAACCUCCCUAUAUCGAAUUAAUUGUUAGUUCCUGGCCAAAUACCUGCGCCUAUUAUGCCAUUUUCCCUAACUCGAAAACUCCGUAAGUCAAAUUUUUUUCGGGUCCCUUUGAGUUCGACUUAUCGAGGUCCGACUGUAAUAAUAAGCGGGAAUUCAUAAAGAGCAUUUUCUCACCCAAAGGGGACUGGAUAAAAUCUCAAUAUAGUAACAAAGAUGUAGAACGAAGAACAAUCCAAGGACUCUCUGUGUUGGCAGUAAAGGGCGAUAACUGUAGAUUUAACUGUAACGACUCCAGAGAAUAAGGUUAGUGACAUCAGGAGAAUACUGGCAAGAUAUUUAGUAAUCUUGAGAAUAUGAAGAAAUUUUAUCAUGAAACUGCUAAAGGUGAUCGCUCAGUUUAUUCACUGUAGCUCAAGGUAGCUGCUGAAGUGAAUGAAGCACAGUGGAGUGGAAUCCAGCAAAUAGAUCCAAGCAGUUAUAAUGCUAUAUACAGUCCUGUUGCAAACCAGAAAAGGAAGAAAAUGCAGUUCCAACACUUUUAUCCAAAUUGACGCAAGACCACAAAACAUAACACUUGAACAUUUUAUUUAAUGGCUAUAAGCCUGAGGGCAUUUUUAGCCAUGACAUCCCAGUUAUAAAAAACACAAUGACAAACUCAAGGAGAGCUUGGAGAUUUAUGUCUGCGCCUGUAGCUUUCCUCCUUGCAUAGCAAACAUGACACUGCAUGGCUUUGAUUGGCUCCAAAAAGUGUCAGAUGAAAGUCACUAGCAGUGCUUCCACCAUCUGAGGGUGUUUGUGCGGUGACAUGCAUGCCAUCAUUUGGUCACUGUGGUCCACACACCCCAUUGUGUGUGUUGUAAUCUGCAAUACCCACGGUCGUUUUCUUGCUUUCUGUGUGGACCUAGUCUUCAACAUCUAGGGCUUGUGUAUUGUCAGUGCCACCACUUCUUUCUUGUCUAACCAUUUUACAGCUAUCACUUUGUUCUUUCUCUUGUGUAGGCAGCGUUACCACUGUUUGGUCUCCUGGCUAUCAGGUAUUUUGUAGGCCAACUCUGUUUGGUCUCACAGUCCUAAAAGUCCUGCUGUUGAAUGACAGUGAGCCAGUGCUGGACAACAAUAAUAAUUGUUUGUAUAGAGGCAAUUGCUCACAGACAUGUAUAGUUGCAUGAGUCUGUGUGCAGUAUCAUAAGCCUUGUUAUUGAGCCCAGGUUGAUAGCACAUAACCUCUGAUUGGCUCAGGCAGUCAGACCGUCUUUAACACAGCUAAUACAGCUUCACUCCCCAAUUUACUUGCUUGUCCUUUGUAUAAAUUCCAAAGUUCAGCAACUCAAAUGAACUGCAUGCACCUCGCUCAGAUUUGAAAGAGCCUCUGUAAAUUUCACAGCCAUGAUGUAAAACAAAAAAUCACACGAAUUUUUAAAACUGGUUCUAAAAUGGUAAACAAGAGCCAAACAGGUUCGCUGAACUGCUUGGGAGAGUUCGCCGUGUAGGUCACAAGGCAAACAGGAAAAACAGGGCUGUUUCAGAAAAGUUUCAUGUUUUUGGUUUCUCAUGUGUUGAAUGAUUCACACCUAUGUCAGGUCUUCUGCUUACGCAAAAAAUUGCGUACAGUACGCAUUAAAAGUUCGGAGGACCCCUUCAGUUUUCGUCGAUGGGGUCCCCUUCAAAUUUGGGCAAAGAACAGGGACCCCUUAAAAAUCUGAAGA